CUCAGGAGUUUCCACAAUAGGAGUUUUGUGUUCUUUAGUCUUUUUCAGGUAUAUAUACAAGUGUUAAAGCAGAGAGGAUGUCAGUUCACCAGUUGGGAACAGCUUGAACAAACCAAACCAGCUAUGGGCAAGGUUAUCUUCUAUGAGGACAGGAACUUCAUGGGGCGCUCCUGGGAGUGCACCGGUGAUUGUGCCGAUAUGCACUCUUACAUGAGCCGCUGUCACUCCUGCAGGGUGGAGAGCGGAUGCUGGAUGGUCUAUGACCGCAACAACUACAUGGGAAACCAGUAUUUCAUGAGGAGGGGCGAGUACGCUGACUACAUGAGCAUGUGGGGCUGGGGCAACAACUGCAUCAGGUCCUGCCGCAUGAUCCCCAUGUACAGAGGAUCUUACAGAAUGAGGCUCUAUGAGAGGGACAACUUCAUGGGUCAGAUGAUGGAGGCGACGGAUGACUGUGAUUCCUUCAUGGAUCGCUACCACUGGUCCAGCGGCUGCAUGUCCUGCAACGUGAUGGACGGCCACUGGCUCAUGUAUGAGUAUCCACACUACAGAGGCAGGAUGUGGUACUUCAGGCCCGGAGAGUACAGGAACUUCAGGGACUACGGUGGCAUGAGGUUCAUGAGCAUGAGGCGCAUCAUGGACUCCUGGUAUUAGAAACAAACUGAACUAAAGUGAAAAUAAAGAUAUUUUGAGUAAAAUCCAGAAAAGUGUAUCAUUGCUCUAUUUGCUCAACCUCUCAAACAGCACCACAAAGAUAGCUGA